CAGACCCUGUAACUGGGAGAUAGGUUCCUGCCCAGGCAGAGAGUAGUCUGGGAGCGCCGGAAUUCUUGUGACUGCAAUCUACCACAGAGCACGAUCCAUAUGCGAUGUUGUUCUGCAAGUGGAAGUUUGGCAUCUUCUUCCUCCAGCAAUGUACUAACGUAUUGGCUAUAACCGCCCUGGUCACGGAUUACUGGGGAGUCAUCCCUUCCACAUCUGGGAACUUCGGAUUAUUUCGGUAUUGUGAUAAGGUCAAGGAAUGUCUAUCCAUACCCGUCACAGGUGACGUCAUCAAUCUCCUCAUUGCAAUGUUUAUUAUUGGGAUCAUAGUCUUACUUCCUUGUGCUAUUGUUGAUCUACGGAUGAAUUUUGGAUGCUUGUCCUGCCAAGGGGUGCUGUCAUUCUUAAUGGCUCUCCUGGGCUUUGCCGCAAUGACUCACGCUGCUGUCAUAUUCUCAUCCUUCUUUGCCGAAAUCAGUUACCACUAUUCCUGGUCCUUCGCCCUUGGGUGGCUAUCGGUGGUUCUUGCUAUUAUCUCUGGUGCCCUGAGUUUCUACAUCUGCCGUAUGGAUCCAGAGAGCAAAGGUCUAUCAUGGGAAACCAUCAAUGACAGUAUAGUAGCCAAAGUCGGACCGUCAUCUGCUGUGCCCGCGCCCGUGGAUAUCUAGUGCUGCUGCAUGUGCUAACUACAUCGGCUGAUCCACUGAACACUGUGUGUCCUUGUCCAUUAUUUGUUUCCUAUUGGAGAAGCCCUAUUAUUAUUUGACAUUAAUGUUUGUGAAAAGUUAUAUAUCACUGGGUUAUAUAA